GGUAUUGCCAAGUUAUGUCGAUUUCCUCAUAAUAAUUUACACCAAAAAAAAAAUGUGGUGGCUAAUGAAAAAUGCGGAGGCAGAACCGGUACGUGUCCAUCUUGGUUGUCUGUCCAUAAUAAAUGCAUAAAUACCUGAAAAUAAACCAGAAAUUAUUAAGGGGUAAAAGAAAAAGGAAAAAAAAGACUGACCCGACGAAGGAGAAAGAAGAAGAAGACGAAAACAUUUUUGUCAAAUUGGCGAUAGACGUGAGCCAUGACGCUCUCUCAAAAUUCCCUCCCCCUUUUGUUUUAAACUCCUCAGCCUCAGCUGAUCAUCAUCAUCAACAUCUCUCUGUUUUUGGUGGUUCUUGACUUCCUUUUCUCCAUUGAUAUUGUUGUUAGAAAGCCAACGCCACCGGACUUCUCUCCCUUUAGUUUUUUUUUUUUUUUUUCCACAUAUUCAGCCACGCCCAAGAACUGGAUCAUUAUCAUGCUGUUGCUUGCUAUAUACUUAAUAAUUUAAUUUCUUAGUCAUUUAGCAUUAUUAUAAACCAAAAAAACAGGGGAAAAUUUUGUCAGGGGAUCCUGACAGCCCGCUUCCUGAUUCAUACUAUAUUUGCAUUUUUUAUUUAUUUUAUUUUAUUUUUCUUAAAAAAAGGAGCCUAUCCAUCCCCAAGAACUGCGGGUCUGCGGGUGAUGAUAUUUUAGGUAGACUCGAAUUCUCCCCUUUCAAGAACACAGAAAUCAUUUUUGUGUUCCCUCUUUGUCCCCCUGUUUUAAGUCUUCGUCUUUCUGACUACUGGGAAUAGAAUAGUAGUAGCUAUUUUUAGACAGAGUGUAUGAUUGAAUUAUGAUGUCCAAUAUAAUCUAUCAGUCUGGAUCUCACUACAUAUGGUCAUUAACUCCGUUGAUGUGGACCAACCAAAAAGAAGUACUAGUUCCGUUGAUAUUCUUAAUUCUUCCGUAUGAGUAUGUCAUUCAUCUGUUUUCUGAAAUGCUCCAGUGAAAACCUGAAUGGGUUUUGCAAGAUGAGUAUGCUGGGCGAUUUCAUUAGUCAUUAGUCAACUGUAAUAAGGAGUUUUUAAUUGAGUAUGGCUGUAUGUCGUUUUCCUGUUGUUUUUGGUUUAGUCAUUUCUCCACAUUAUUGUUCUAUGCAGGGAGAUCCAUACAAACAGAGUACCUUUUUGUUCGUCGAUAAAGCCGUGGGAUUUUGCUCCAUUACCAUUAUCAUUGGGACCUAAAGUAAUAAUCGUACUCUCGUCUUUGGCUCUUUGCCCAUCAAGUUUAAACAGCGCAAAGACGGCCGGAAAGAGAUGCAGGACAUCUGGAGGAUGUUCUGUGGUGCGAAUGACUGCACGGACCGGAGGUUUUGUGAUGCUGAUUUAGUGGCUGUUUCAGAUUCGUCCUCAUGCAUCAAUCAUGCGUUGAUCAUCUGUUUCGAUGUUCUGCUCUUAGCUUUCUACCUAGUCCUUGUGUUCUACAGACCAUCAGCGAAAUUCUCAAGGAUGGUUGCAGGAAGUCGGGGCAUUUCUCCACUUCAGAUGAUUGCAGCCAUCUUUAACGGUCUGCUUGGGAUUCUGUACGUCUCUUUUGGCAUUUGGACGCUGGUGAAGGAGUUGAACAAAACCCACAGUAUGUUGCCUCUACAUUGGUGGUUGUCUUUAUGUUUCCACGGUCUGACAUGGGUAUUAGUAAGUUUAACAGUGAGUCUCAAGGGGAAGUUUUUUUCUAAAGUCCCUUUGAGGCUUUUGACCAUUCUUGCCUUCCUGUUUGCUGGAACCGCUUGCGGUUUCUCCAUUUUGACUGCCAUUCUUGAUAAAGAGGUGUCUCUUAAGAUAGCUUUAGAUGUACUAUUUGUAAUUGGAGCUUGUUUGCUGCUGUUAAGCGCUUACAAGUCUUAUACGCUUGAGGAUUGCACUGAAAAUGAUCUUUUGGCCCCUUUGAAUGGAGUGGCUGAUGAAAAAGGAACAUAUGGUUCGGUUAGCAGCGUCACUCCAUUUGAAGCAGCUGGUUUUUUUAAUAAGAUGUCAUUUUGGUGGUUGAAUCCUUUGAUGAAACGGGGAAAGGAAAAAACCCUGGAGGAUGAAGAUAUACCCAAGUUGCGUCAGGUGGAUCAAGCAGGCCCCUGUUAUUCCAUGUUUAUGGAUCUGUUCAACAAACAGAAAGAAGUUGAUCCUUCAGCUCAACCAUCAGUCUUAAAGACAAUCUUGCUAUGCUAUUACAGGGAUAUAUUUUUGUCAGGAGUCUUUGCGUUCCUGAAAAUAGUUACUCUUUCAGCUGGUCCUCUGCUCCUCAAUGCCUUCAUUCAGGUUGCAGAAGGAAAGGGAAGUUUCAAAUCUGAAGGUUAUGUGUUGGCAAUUUCGCUUUUCUGCUCCAAGACUUUGGAAUCUUUGUCUCAGCGACAAUGGUACUUCAGGAGCAGACUAAUAGGUGUGAAAGUAAGGUCCUUGUUAACAGCAGCUAUUUAUAAGAAGCAACUAAGACUGUCAAAUGCUGCCAAAUUGAUGCAUUCAAGUGGUGAGAUUAUGAACUAUGUUACGGUGGAUGCUUAUAGAGUAGGAGAAUUUCCUUUCUGGCUUCAUCAGACAUGGACAACAAGCCUCCAGCUCUGCCUAGCUCUCUUCAUUCUCUACCGUGCUGUUGGGCUUGCUACAAUUGCUUCUCUGAUAGUCAUAGUUCUUACUGUUCUUUGUAACACUCCCCUUGCAAAAUUGCAGCACAAAUUCCAGUCAAAACUUAGCUUAGCUCAAGAUGACAGGCUGAAGGCUCUUUCAGAGGCACUGUUGAAUAUGAAGGUUUUGAAGUUAUAUGCCUGGGAAACCCACUUCAAGAAUGUAAUUGAGAAGCUAAGGCAUGUCGAAGAAAAGUGGUUGUCGGCUGUUCAGUUGCGAAAAGCUUACAAUAGCUUUCUCUUCUGGUCAUCCCCUGUGUUGGUCUCGGCCGCUACUUUUGGAACUUGUUAUUUCCUUGGUAUCCCCCUAUAUGCAAGUAACGUUUUCACAUUCGUUGCAACAUUACGUCUGGUACAAGAUCCAGUAAGAUCAAUUCCUGAUGUCAUUGGUGUAGUCAUUCAGGCUCGAGUCUCUUUUACCAGGAUUGUGAAGUUUCUUGAGGCACCUGAAUUGGAUAUUGCUAGUGUGAGGCAGAAAUUCUGUGGUGAAGAUACAAAGCAUAACAUUGUUAUAAGGUCAGCCAGCCUGUCCUGGGAAGAAAAUCCCCAAAAACCCACACUUCAAAACAUUAACUUAGAGGUUAGAAAAGGAGAAAAGGUCGCCAUCUGCGGAGAGGUGGGUUCUGGAAAGUCAACACUUUUAGCAGCUAUUCUUGGAGAGGUUCCUAUUACCCAUGGAACUGUUCAAGUGCAAGGCACCAUUGCUUAUGUUUCUCAGUCGGCAUGGAUCCAGACUGGAAGUAUCCGAGAUAACAUUCUGUUUGGAUCCCCAAUGGACUACCAGAGGUACAAUGACACAUUAGAAAAAUGUUCGUUGGUGAAGGAUUUUGACUUGCUACCCCAUGGCGACCUCACAGAAAUAGGAGAAAGAGGAGUUAAUCUUAGUGGUGGACAAAAACAACGAAUCCAGCUGGCCAGGGCUUUAUAUCAGAAUGCUGACAUUUAUCUUUUGGAUGAUCCCUUCAGUGCUGUUGAUGCACACACGGCCACAAACUUGUUCAAUGAGUAUGUCAUGGGGGCUCUCUCGAGGAAGACUGUCUUACUUGUAACUCAUCAAGUUGAUUUCCUUCCAGCUUUUGAUUAUGUUCUGUUUAUGUCUGAAGGUGAAAUUCUAAGUGCUGGUCCGUACAAUGAAUUACUUGCCUCUAGCAAUGAUUUCCAGAGAUUGGUUGAUGCGCACAAGGAGACUGCGGGGUCUGAGAGGUUAUCAGAAGUUAGUAGCUCCCAGAAAACUAACUCUCCCACCAAAGAAAUCAGGAAGACUCUGAGUAACAAGAGUUCAAAAGCACCAGGAGGCGACCAGUUGAUUAAGCAAGAAGAGAGGGAAGUUGGGGACACCGGCUUAAAGCCUUAUACUCAGUACUUAGGACAGAACAAGGGCUACUUUUUCUUUACAUUGGCUGCUCUCUCGCAUGUUACUUUUGUCAUCUGUCAGAUAUCACAAAACUCUUGGAUGGCUGCAAACGUUGACAAACCUGAUGUUAGCACGUUGAGACUGAUCGCAGUUUAUUUAGCGAUUGGUUUCUCAUCAACAUUUGUGUUACUCAGUAGAUCCCUGAGCACAGUUGUAUUGGGUCUGCAAUCAUCAAAAUCACUGUUCUUGCAGCUACUGAAUUCGCUUUUCCGUGCACCAAUGUCCUUCUAUGACUCUACUCCUCUAGGGAGGAUAUUAAGCAGGGUCUCCGCAGAUUUGAGCAUUGUGGAUCUUGAUGUCCCAUUUAACUUGAUUUUUGCAGUUGGAGCAACCAUAAACUUCUACUCUAAUCUUGUGGUGUUAACUGUUGUUACCUGGCAAGUCUUGUUUGUCUCAAUCCCAUUGGUUUAUCUGGCUAUUCGCUUGCAGAGAUAUUACUUUGCCUCUGCAAAAGAGCUGAUGCGUAUUAAUGGCACAACCAAAUCUUUUGUGGCAAAUCAUCUAGCUGAAACUUUAGCGGGAGCCAUGACAAUUCGAGCUUUUGAACAGGAAGACCGUUUCUUUGACAAAAAUCUGGAACUUGUUGACACGAAUGCUAGUCCUUUCUUUCACAAUUUUGCAGCAAAUGAAUGGUUGAUCCAAAGGCUAGAAACAGUGAGCGCCACUGUUCUUGCUUCCUCAGCUCUCUGCAUGGUUUUUCUUCCUCCUGGAACUUUCAGCUCUGGAUUUAUUGGAAUGGCUUUAUCAUACGGUCUUUCCUUGAAUAUGUCCCUUGUGUUUUCCAUUCAAAACCAGUGCACUUUGGCAAAUUAUAUUAUCUCUGUGGAGAGGCUUAACCAAUAUAUGCACAUACCAAGUGAAGCUCCUGAAGUUAUAGAAAGCAAACGACCGCCAGCCAACUGGCCAACUGAGGGCAAAGUUGAGAUUCAAGAUUUGCAGAUUAAGUAUAGGGCUGAUGGCCCUCUUGUGCUUCGCGGGAUCAGUUGUACAUUUGAAGGAGGACAUAAGAUCGGCAUUGUUGGCCGAACUGGUAGCGGGAAAACUACUCUGAUAGGUGCCCUCUUCCGUCUGGUAGAGCCAACGGGUGGAAGAGUUUUAGUUGAUGGAAUUGAUAUCUGUACAAUUGGACUCCAUGAUUUGAGAUCUCGAUUUGGUAUUAUACCACAAGAUCCUACACUUUUCACUGGAACAGUGAGAUACAAUUUAGAUCCCCUCGGUCAACACACUGACCAGGAAUUAUGGGAGGUUCUUGGGAAGUGUCAACUUAAGGAUGCUGUCGAAGAGAAGGAAGAAGGCCUUGACGCCUUGGUUGUGGAAGAUGGAUCAAACUGGAGCAUGGGGCAGCGUCAAUUAUUCUGUCUAGGCCGUGCUCUUCUGAGAAGAAGCAAGAUAUUAGUUCUUGAUGAAGCAACCGCAUCUAUAGACAAUGCUACGGAUAUGAUUUUGCAGAAAACUAUUAGAGCAGAAUUUGCUGAUUGCACUGUGAUCACAGUUGCUCACAGAAUACCAACCGUGAUGGAUUGUACGAAAGUUCUUGCCAUCAGUGAUGGAAAACUUGUGGAGUAUGAUGAGCCAAUGGAGUUGAUGAAAAGAGAAGAUUCACUGUUCGGCAAGCUUGUAAAGGAAUAUUGGUCUCAUAAUCACUCGGUGGACAUAAAAUGAUCUAGUGGAAAAAGUUAUGCUUCAGUUGAGGUUUCAGAGGGCUAUCAGACGUAAGCUGCCAACUUUAGCCAAAAGAAAGUGGUGAUAUUUUGAGGAGGUGAUCAAACAGUAUUCCCAAACCCUCAAUUCUGCUAUGCGAGAUGCAAGAAAGCAUUGAAUUACCGCCGGGUAAUUUAGAAUAAUGAGUCAAGUGAUAGGAUUCUGGUAGUUUAACGGUUUGCUGCAGCGAAGGUCCUGCAUAUGGCUAGUUUUGCUGUGUAGCUAUAGCUAUUAGUAUUUUACUCCUGCCUGCCAGUUGAAUGCACUGGAGUGGUUGUAACUGUAUCUGUAUUUUCAAACAAGCAUAAUGCUAUGUAUAUUCGUCAAUGUAGAUAUGUUUCAGAAAAGACCGGGCCAUUUCAAAUCUUUCCUCGUUCACAAAAAGAAAAUGUUUCGGAUAUAAAGUUCUACGUGACUUAAGAAGCCAAAAACAUCUCCUCAUGAACAGAGAGAUGUAAUCCAUAUUAUCCAUUACUGGAUUUAAACUCAAAUGUUCAGUAAUCGUAUUCAAAAAUGUAUGUAUGGGAGUUACACUUGAAUGUGCACUAUAGAAUCAUUCGACAUCUGGAAGAACGCUCUAAACCUCGGCCUCUAUGCAUUUCAGAAUUGAAUCCAGCACUAUCAACAAUGAUUAACAACGGAUUAAAAUGGAUUGAUUGAGGGAUACCUAACUAUUCCUAAAUAAUAAAAGGAGGCUCUCCUACUCCAAAGGCCGGAAAAAUUAGGCUUAUAUUUGCUUUCAUGGACCUCCAAGUAUGGCAUUCUCAAUAUCCUCCCUACUUAGGGCAUAACUGAAUCUCCUUUCCAUAUCUUUUUCAAGAUUCCCUGGUCCAGUUUUCAGAUACCUGCAAUGCAAGUGAACAAUCUAUGAGGCCUCGGCAACCAGAAGGACAAAACAGAGGGAGAAGAGGCAGUGAGACUCUGGUCAUCAAACCUUCACAUUAAAUCGCAAAAACAAAAGAACUGAAAGGCCUCUCAUAAUUUUGCACAAGCAUACGCUCAUAGGUCAAAUUUAACUUUGUUUAGAUUCAACCCUACAACAGCAAAAAUAUAGUGUAGUGACUCCCAUUAAACCCUACAGCAGGACCUAUGUUCAAGAACCGGUGUUUCAACUAACAGGCAUGCUGCCUUUGGCUAGCAUAAUCAGUUCAUAUUGCACUAGUUAGUACUUACAAGAAUUGAAAUGACAUACAUGAGUAGAAACACGAACCGAUACGAUAGGAGUUCUACACUUCCUCAACAAAUUGCAUUUAAAAGAUUUGGCCCUAAAUGAGAGUAUCAUAAUAAAUAUUACCACUUAGCAUAAAGAUCCGGGCUUGAACUAUCAAAUGAAAUGCAAUCUUGUUCUCACAACUUCCGAACACAAAUAGCUAAAUCAGGAGAAGUUGAAGACUUAUUGCUCAAAUUAUAAUCAAAUGCUCCAAUCAUGUAUACACAGGUAGCAACAAAACGUUCCAAAGAUCAAAACAACUUUCAAUGAUAUCUAAAAAAACCAAUAAAUUGAAUCCAAAAAACAUGCGCAAUUAGACAGACCUAAUAUAGAGGUCAGUGACAUCAAGAGAGAGCUGGGCAUGCCAAUCAGGUUUCUCCACAAACCAAACAGCUCUAUCCUCUUUGCUCUGAUAAAACCCUAAGCUUCUCAACCACGCCUCUAAGGAAGGUAAACUGUGAGAGUACAAUGGCUUCGUCUUAUCCGGAAGUCUCUGCAACCACUCGUCUUCCACCUCCGAUACUUCCGCCUCCUCCUCGGAAGACUUAUUCAAACAAACCGGAAAUUUUCUCCUAUCACAUGACAAAGAAGAUGAAGACAGCAGUGCUUGGCGUGGUUUGAAUUUAGAGAAUUUUGCGGAAGAGGAUGCCAAGGGGAAUGAAAACGAUGCAUAGGCGGAGGUAGACGGCGGCGAAGAAAUUACAAACGCCGCAUAAUCUCCGCUAAUUGUUCCAGAGCUGCAAACCACAGACAUUACGGUGAUAUAAUUGAAGAAUUACGACAGAAAAACCGGCCAGUUACAAAAUCCGGGAUGACUCGGAUACAAAAGUCUCUCAGAAUUGCAGUGGCACCGAGUCCCCUGAAAGUGGAAGUUGAAGAUAGAGUCCAACGGCGUCGUUUAUAUGACGUCAUCGUCGCGUGAUUAUCUUUGUUAACCACGUGGCUUAAAAAGGCUCCGGGCGCAUGAUAGCAACAAUUCCUUGCUUUUUUGUUUUUUGGAAUUUUUUAAACAGCAGUCGUUUCCGCGCCAUUUCUCUUUCUCGUUUUCCCGCCG